UAAUGAAACGUAACAUCAACAAAAUGCUUACCUCCGAAUCGCUUCAUCUCCAAAAUAGAAAUAGCGAUUGCAAAGUGCGCACAUCACAGAUGUUAGGUAUGACAAAAAAACAAAGUUACUAAUGGUAUGAAGUAAAAUCUACGAAUCUCUGGUAGGAACGUUCAUUGCGUCUGACAUCGCUUUUACGCAAUUUUGGUAAUAUUUACAAAACAUUUGUAUAUUCUACCAAUGUUUUGGUUACUAAAGAUUUGGUAGCUGCUUUUACUAAACUAUUUCUCCAGUGUGGUUAUUGUGUAAUAUGUACCAAGGAGCUGGAAUUGACAGGUGGUUCGUUUUCGACAGUAUGAGGAUAAGGCAUGGAUGAUGCGAGAGGGGAUGAAAAAUGACAGCGGCUUUUUUUUGUUUAUAAACAAAGUAGAUCAAAUCUUUAUGCUACAUAGCGGUCCCCACCAACAUAUACCUACGCUGGGCUGGUUUCAAUCGAACUAGCUGUUGUGUCUCACAACCCGAACGAUCAGGCGAGUCUUCAGCUAAAGCAAUACGGCACAAGCCCACCGGUUAUUAAGAGCCACCUCUUUUAUAUACCCACUAGCAAAGCUCCCACAAUCGCUGAGUUUCCAAUCCCAGCAGCAACGGCAACAACCCUCACGUCCCGUAGAACAGCAAUGCAGACAAUAACUUGCAGCAGUCACCAAAACACUACAAUGAUGCCAACAGCGUAAACAAAACCAACAUUUAUGCGCAGCAAACACAUAGCGGCAUGCACUCCUCAUUGCAUGCCAUUUGUUAUCCUCUUUCUCGGAAAACUCUAGCCGUUCGUUUAACCGCUGUCAAUUCGAACUCAAGUAAUGGCUGAACAGCAGUUCUGACAUAACGUUCCACCUUAUUAUACCGCCUUGAUAUGUACGAAUAAUUUGUAUUGCAAAAAUUUACUAAUCAUUGGUAAUAUUUACCAAAAAAAAUCGUUAUAUAUACCAAUUUUUUGGCAGAACGUAAAGUUAUCCCGAGCUUGUACCAGACAACACAACAAAAUUAUUUGAAAUGAUUGCGGCUGAGUUUCAAGCGGUUGUAUUCGCAGCUGGUAGAGGUAAUCGUUUCCCGGAACUUGUAGAAGGAAGACCGAAAUGUUUAUUGCCAGUUGGACCAUAUCCGCUCAUUUGGUAUUCUUUGAUGAUGCUGCAACGACAUGGUUUCCAAGAAGUUAUAGUCAUUGUACUAGAGCACGAAAAAUUGGAAAUUCAACAGAAACUAGAAAAAACGCAGAUUAAGCUAAGAAUCGAUUUUCACACAAUCUCGGGAGAUUCGGAUAUUGGCACGGCAGACGCAUUAAGACAGAUAUCGGAUAGGAUUAAGACAGACGUUGUAUUGGUCUCGUGUGAUAUCAUUGUUGAAUACAGCUUAUACCCGGUACUGCAGCAAUUCCGAGAACAAAAUGCAUCUAUUGUUGGAUUGAUGCUACCUUCUAGCCAUCCCAGUGUGGUAGUACCAGGACCAAAAACCAAGCAUAAAUCGGACAAGGAUUUAUUUGGAACCUGUCCAGACUCAACACGCUUGGUGUUUAUGGGUUCUGCUAGUGAUUUUGAAACAGAUUUCAAAAUUUCAGGCCACUUAUUGCGAUUUUAUGGAGCUGUUGACAUUCGUAGCGAUUUGAUGGAUACGCAUGUUUAUGUUAUCAAAAAGUGGAUUGUAGAUUUCCUGGACGUGGUAUCUGGAUUUUCGACAUUGAAAGGAGAAUUACUGCCAUUCAUCGUGAAGAAACAAAAUUCAUCCGUAAUUAAUCCACUUCAACUAAUGGAGAAGCCUUUGAGCGAAAUCAAUGUUAACACAAACAAGGAUGUAUUCCAGUUUACAUCGCAUACAGCUCUAGAUGAAAAAAUAAACAAGUCAUCAAUAUUCACCACCCAAGGAUCAUCUAUGGUAAAUGAUAUAAUACAAUGCUACCUAGCGAUUGCGCCUGAAGAAACGUAUGGAAUACGGGUUAAUUCACUGCCGUCGUUUUGUUUAGCUAAUCGGCAGAUCUACGAAGUAUUUUCUAAAGUGUCAGACUUCCCAAUAACUGCUGUUAAGGCACAGAAUAGUGACAUAAAAUCGACACAAGUUACAUCAACUGUUGUUGGAGAACAAACAAUAAUAUCAGAAAAGACGUCAAUCACAUCUUCAACAAUCGGUUCAAACUGUAUUGUGAAACAGAAAGUUCUUAUUUCUAAUAGCACCAUAAUGGAUCAUGUGACCAUUGAAGAAGGGGUAACUAUCGACAAUUGUAUCAUUUGUGACAAAUCGAUGAUCAGUUCCGGUUCUACACUUCGAAACUGUUUGAUUGGUUCAAACUUCCUGGUUUCUAGUAAUACAAAAAAAGAAAACGUUCAUCUUUCGAACUCGGAUGGCUUUAUGGAAAUAUAAAGUUUAAUUUUUUUUAUUUAAUUUUUUAUUUUUGGUAUAACUCAAUUACAAUCAAAAUGAAGGUAAUAACGAUAUACAACAGCUAUACUAAAUGAUAGAAAAGCAAAAAUCCAAACCAUCGACAACGAAUUUGUUUCUCCUCUAUUGCUAUACACUAUUUGCAAUCCACACUUAUUGAAUUUUACCGUUGCUUGUCCCACGGCAGGAUUAGUACAGACUAUCCAAUCCUUUUUUUGUUGAACGAUUUCGGCAAUCAAACUGAACUUUGUAACUUUCACAAUUUUUACCUGGAAUAAACAAAAUAUGAUAUUGAUAGAGAACAAAUAAAAAUACACGCGAAAUACACUUCCAA